AUGUCGCUUAGCAAAGUGCCGCGUCAAUCGUUUAUCAGAUUCGUGAUUGCGAGUCGCACGGCGAGCACAUCGUCCGGCUCAAUUCCAGCACCGGCGCGAGUGCAACUCAAAAUUGAAAAUGAGCAGGGACACUUCAAAUACACGCGCAAUUGGUCGCGUGAUCCGCGCUACGCGAAAAACGCGAUUCAGAAGGGCGACACGCCGUUCACAUUUUUGACGCGUCGCCUCGGACACGCCUACGAGGUCUACCCGUUGCUGGUGUUGUGCGGCACGUGGUUCGCGUUGUUCCUCUACGCGUGCUAUUGGAGUUUUGGAAAGGUCGAAGUGUGGCUGGAUCGAAGCAGUAGUGUGGCGCCGUGGGAUUGGGAGCGAAUUCGCGACAAAUAUUGGAAGCUUCCGACUGUGGCAAUGGAUUUGGACGGUCGGACGCAUAAGCGGUGUGAGAUCAUGGAAAUUCUGCAGGACGAGAUGCUGGAAGCGGCCAAGAAGCGAGGAACUCGAUAA